GUCCUCUUCGCGGAGAUACGGCUGCUGGAUCUUCCGAGGCGACCACUACGUGCCUAUACUCACUGUCUGGAUGCAAAGCUCUGGACCAGAACUUGGCAAAAGAGGUCGUGACGUUGCUAGCCCACGCGGUUCGAAUUGUUCAAGACCAUCAAAUCUUUGAUCUUUCCAUGUACAACGGAGGAUAUUGAAUCGCUCUUCAUGGCCACUAGGAAAGACAUCCUGCUCAAAAACGGGCGCGUCAUCGUCCACGGCGUCGACGACACGGCGAAAGCCAUCCUCGCCGAUGUCCUCGUGCAAGGCAACAAAAUCACUCAAAUCGAGCCGCACAUUGCUGCUCCAGCAGGUGCAGACGUCGACCUCAUCGACUGCACCGACAAGCUCGUUGCACCAGGCUUCGUCGACACACACAGGCACAUGUACACAAUCGCAUUGAGGGGCAGACACGGUGAUGACAUGCUGAAUGAUUACUUGGUCCGUGGGAUUCUGCAAAGCUCAAACUAUGAGCCCAACGAUAUCUUUUGGGGCCAGCUCGCCGGGAGUCUGGAGUGUAUCAACGCAGGCACGACAACGGUGGUCGAUCACUCGCAUUUGAACUACGGAAAGGAGUACCCCAAAGCUGCCAUUGCUGCCACGAUCGCGUCCGGACUCCGCUCCAUCUACGGGUACUGUUUCAACAUUCGAGUCGAUUCAUGGCAUCCGUUCAGCCUAAACCCGAGCUUUAUCGCGCCGUGGGCGCUGGAGAAUCUGCAGAUGAUCGCGCAGCAACGGCCGUUGGGUGACGGGCGAGUGACGCUAGGCAUCGCAUUCGACGGCUGGUUCCUGCCCAAAGAGAUCCUGAAGCCUCUAUUCGACAAAAUCCGAUCUCUAGGCAUCAAACACCUCACGACGCACAACUCGCCAAGCCCGCCGGGGGUGCCAACGGCCGUGGAGACGAUGGAAGCCGUGGGCGUGCUGACGCCCCUUUCGAUUCUAGCCCACGCAAAUCGGCUGUCGCAGGGCGAUGUGGCUUUGAUCAAAAGGUGCAAGGCAAAGGUGUCGUCGACGCCGUCGCUCGAGCUGCAGAUGGCUAUGGGCGUGCCGGCGUGUUUUGACGAGACUCGCGACGUGCAAGCUUGUUCCUCACUGGGGAUCGACUGCCACAAUGCUACGCUGGCCAGUAUCCCGGCCGAGAUGCGCAUGGCGUUGCAGAGCAGUCGUGGCACAUUCAACGACCGCAUUCUAGAAAAGGGCAAGGUCCCCGCCCGCGUCUACAAGUCUGUCCAGGAGGUAUAUGCUCUGGGGACAAUCUCGGGCGCGAGGGCGAUAGGCAUGGAAGACCAGAUUGGUAGUCUGGCGGUGGGGAAGACGGCUGAUAUCAUUGUCCUGGAUGCGGUUAGUCCCAAUAUGAUCUGUGGCGCCCAGUAUGACCCUGUCACGGCGAUCGUCAUGCAUUCGACGCCGGCGGAUGUGGUCACCACGAUCAUCGAUGGUGUGGUGAGGAAGAGGAACGGGAGACUCGAGCCGGUCCAUGUCACACCGGAACUACGGAGCUGGACGAGGCCACAGAGCACUUUGCUGUACUGGGAAGAUGUGAUCAAGGAGGUCCUGAAGAGCAGAGACGCGUUGCAGGACAAGCUAGACAAGAUUGAUUACCCGACAGCGAAGAAAGCGGCCAUGCAGGCCUUUGGGAUGGAUGAGUCGAUUGUGGUCGACGUGCCGCCCACAUCUCGCUUGUAAAAGAGGAGAUUUGAGUAAAUAUCAUCUAUUCUGCCCGCCAGAC